UUGUAUCAUUAUAAACGUGUGUGCAGGCGUAAAGUUCGAGGCAACUUGUGUUCUUAAAAUAUCUAUAACGAAAUAGUGGGGAUUCAAAACGCACACCAACAUAAUAAUAAUGUGUCUUCAACGUCUGUCCGUCCGUCUCUUGAUAAACGCGGUUUAUAUAGGUAUCUGAGACGACAUAUUUAAACUUAAGCAAUAGGCAGUAAUACCGUGCAAUAAUACGUGGUAUAGACGGACGCAGUAAUAAUAUGAUGGCUAUCGCGUUAUGAAAUUAUAUUGUUAUUUUGUAAAAUUCGUGAGCCUGGACAAAAUAUCAUUGUAUUCAACAAUUUUUUACGUCCAUACAUUGUGAUAGGUAUAGGCGCGUUCAGUACAUAUAGGUACUGAUUGUUUAAUUGUAUAUAAUAUUUGCCUACUUGAAUGUGCAGCUUAAUGUAAAAUAUAAUAUAAUCAUCCGUUUUCGUAAAAGGGCGACUAUAUCGAUUGUUGAAAUGGUCUUGCCGGAUCGUCACGAGAAAUCAAAAGUUUUCACGCUGAUAUACAACUUAUCGGGAGGAGCUAUCAAUUCUCAAAUCAUUAUAACGGUGAUUGCGGCACUAGGAGCGAUAGCUACUGGUACCAUACUCGGGUGGUCGUCAUCGGCCCAGAGCAUGUUCGACGCCGACGAUUCGCUGUUGCCGUUCGCGGUCACCGGAAAGGACACGCAGACAUUCAGCUCUGUGUUCGGCAUCGGCGCGGCCCUGGGAGCGCUUCCGGCAGGAUACGUGUCAAGGUUAUUCGGCCGGCCGGCCAGCAUGUUACUGUUCGAAGGGUUCCUGUUGGUCGGCUGGGCCAUGCUGGUGUUGCCCACUUCCGUUUGGAUGCUGUCCGCCGGCCGGAUGAUGCAGGGCAUCGGGGUGGGAGCCCUGUGUGCCAUCAUACCGUCGUACAUCGGCGAGAUAGCCGAGCCCCGGAUGAGAGGUCGUCUGGGAACAAUAUUCCAAUUAUUCAUAGUCAUCGGCAUACUGUAUUCGUACACGUCUGGGGCAUUCAUGAAGUACGUGCCAUUUUGCGUCGCCUGCGCCUUUUGGGUGAUUUUACAUUUUAUUGGUGCCCUGUGCAUACCUGAAUCGCCGUACCAUCUGAUGAACAUCAACGAUCCGGACGGGGCGGCUGUUUCGCUGCAGAUACUUCGAGACUCAUCGGACACGACCGAAGAAUUGGCAUCCAUCAAGUUGUUUGUCGAAAAGCAACAAUCGCAAAGUUAUACGGUGUCGGAAGUGCUGUCGGACAAGGUGAAUCGCAAGGCCCUGAUGAUCAGUAUUGGGUGCAUGUUUUUCCAGCAAAUGAGUGGUAUAAACGUGGUGAUAUUCUACAUGACAGAUAUAUUCAAAUCGACCGGCAGCAACAUGAGUCCGAACACGUGCACCAUAGUCGUUGGUGUAGUACAGCUUUUCAUGACGGUCUUGUCUUUUACAAUCAUUGACAAAAGUGGCCGAAAGGCGUUACUCGUGCUGUCGGGGUUGCUGAUGGCCAACUGCUACAUGGGCUUGGGCGGAUUUUUUUUGAUAAAAACCCAUUAUCUAGAGCUGGCUUCGAAACUCAACUGGUUACCCUUAGUGUGCAUCGCUGUGUACAUAUCGGCGUUUUCCAUCGGUUACGGUCCCGUGCCUUGGAUAAUGAUGGGCGAAAUAUAUUCGUCGGAGGUGAAACCGAUCGGGACGAGUCUGACCACCUGCACCAACUGGACGCUUGUGUUCGUGGUCACUUACGUGUCUACCGAGCUGAUCCGGUGGCUGGGCCAGGCGGGCUGCUUCCUCACAUUCAGCGCAUUUUGCCUGAUGGGCGCUGCGUUCGCCGCGUCCGUCGUGCCAGAAACGAAAAACAAGACGUUGGCAGAAAUACAGCUGAAACUCGUCGGCAAGUCUAAGGCCGUUCCUGUGGCAGUGGAUGUUGUGGAGGCGACAGAGCCGGUUCAAGCGACCACCACGAUUUCAUGAAUGCCGAUUUCUACCCAAGAUCUCUGCCGAACGGGAUUUAUCAUUACGUAUAUUCAACCAUUAUAUAACAGCGCCGUGUCCAAGACCCAUUCCCGUCCCCAUGGCCCGUAAUUAUAAUACAAAUGUGCAAUUUUUGCGUGCACAACCCAUUGAAAUUUAAACUGUAUAUUAUAUCAUAUAUUAUGUAUCAAUUGCAGGCCAGCCCUCUUCACAUAUACCUACCAUUGUAUGAUAAAUCAAAACGCUUAACCAGACUAUACAGAGCUAUUCAACAAACGUUUCAUUAUUCAUUAACGAACUUAUUCAAAUUCUGAUUCUUGGAUUUUUUUAGUAUUUUUGAUUUUAUUUUAAAAUAUUUAAAUUUUAUAUACCAUUUAAGGAGUGUCCUGCGAAGACACCAAUCCCUUUUUUUCAAAUAGAGUCGCCCAUGUUUUCUGUUAAUUGUUGUAGAUGAUUUUUUUUGAAAAUUUCCAUUUAUCCAAAUUGAAAUUUGACUAACAAGUUUUGGAGUUAUUUAAGUUUGUGUAAUAAGUUAGUAAGUCCAUGGUAAUAAGUUCGGCAUAUAUGAUAACUAUGGUCCUACGAUGGUUUAGUAUUUACAUAUCAUAGUUGUUAUUAAAUAUCUAUCAAUUAAAUAAUUAGUCAACAUUUUAUAUUUUAUAAAAAUAUUUGAGUUACCUAAUAAGUACCAAAUUAAUUAUUAGGUACAUUUAUUUUAUAGUAUUUGUUAAAGAUACAUAAAUAUUUUCAGAAAAAAAAAUCAUCUGCCUAAUAAUUUACACUAAAAAUAGUAGGUUCGUAUUUGAAAAUAUGAUUAAGUAUACUGUAUACUAAUAGUAAAAAAUUCCAAAAAUAUUAUUUAGAAUAAAUCCAUUAUUAUUAGAACAUUUUAGGACAACAUGCUUGGUGAGUCACCCUGUAUAAAAACAUGUAUGAUAAAGAACAUGUUCUCGACUGGAGAUUAGAGUUCUUGAACACACACAUACAGACCCUACGAUGAGAUGUGUUUUGAAAUACUCAAAUUCGAAUUCCUCAAAUAAUUUAAUAAACCAUAACAAAAAUUGAACAACGUUUUCAUUUUUUAUAAAAAUUUUGAUUUUUACUACUUAAUUUUAAUCGAGUGAUUGUAGAGCUGCAUAGUGUAUAUUUAUAUACACAGUUUUUUACGGCGAUACUUAUUGUCAGUAGGGAAGAAAAAUUGCAAUGGUAUAUAAACUGAAGAUAAAUAUAUGCGUAGACAAUAGCUGAUGAGGUAAAAUAAAUUUGUAGAUUAAGACUUGUCCCUAUCCCUAAACGAAUCGCGUGACCGUUUAUAAUGCAGAGGUCAAAAAUAUAAUAUUUAUUAUCACGCCAUCUAUAUGUAUAUUUAUGGUCGAACAGCAACUUUAAGUUUUAAUAUUAUUCAUAAUAGUUAUUACACAUUCAUAUUAUAUGCACGUAAAUUCUGUUUAUAUUUUUAUCUGAGUCUUUUAGUUAUAUUAUUUUAUCUAUAGGUACUUUAUAAGUUUAAAAAUAAAUGCCAGUAAAUAUAAUGAACACAUUGUGUGUACAAUGUACAUCAAUAUUGUUUUGUAAAAAGUA